GAAAGGAAUAAAAAUUAAUAUAUUGGUAAAAAACAGUGACCGUCGCUAAAACUUACAUAUAUGUGUUUAUGUGGAUUUUGUUAUUUGUAAUUGACAAGAAGUUAAUAAAAAGGAUACUGAGGAUAGUUAACGCACAUGCGUCGCUACGGCGACAUGUGUCGGACCGAGAGCCUAGCGGCGGUCGCCUUCACCAAAACAAUACAACACAACAAACCGACGAUGAAAUUCGUCGAUGACAACAAAGUAACAACACGAUAAAAGCUAAAAAUCCCUUAUCAGCUUCUGAAAGAAAUACUCUCGAAUAAUUCUAUAAGUUUUUGACUUAACCUAGAUUGACCGCGGUGUAAAUAGUAAGAACCGAGAGAUAUGCCCGACGCCAACUCCAGUAAUUCCCAAGCUGAUGAUGAAACCAGCGCGGAAGAAUGGCUCGCCUGGAUAUUGGACGCGAUACGUAAAAUUCGAUCACAGAAACAAAGACCAAGUGUCGAACGAAUCUGUCACGCAAUUAAACAACAUCACAAGGAUUACCACGAAGACGUGAUAGCCGAACAAUUAGAAAUGGCAGUCCGACGAGGAAAAAUUCUUAAAGUAUUCAAUAAGGGACAGAGUUCUUACAAAGAUCCUGGCAGGUUGAGGUCUCGAGACUUGAAAGUCACUCGUAAUACGGAUCUUUCCAAAGUUUUGGCCAGGGCUGUGAAGGAACUGGGCGAGAGGGAUGGAUCUGCGUUGAGGACUCUUGAAAAGUUCAUUAGGCAAUCGUAUAAGUUGGUUAUUGAUCCGCCAGAUUUGGAUUUAAAGUUAGUUCUUAAGGUAUCGUUGGAGAAAGCUGUGGAAAAAGAGUUUGUGGAAAAGAGGGGAAAAUUGUACAAGAGCACCGGAAAGCCUUUGACAUCGACUGCGAGUCCUGGAUCAGGCAGAGGCAGGAGCAAAAAUGGAGGUGGCACGCCUAGGACUUCUGAUGAAUUUCAGGCGUCGCUACGGCGACAUGUGUCGGCCCGAGAGCCUAGCGGCGGUCGCCUUCACCAAAACAAUACAACACAACAAACCGACGAUGAAAUUCGUCGAUGA